AUGUACAAGACUUUGGGUAACUUCUCCCACCGAAUUCGCCUCCUCAAGCUGCUCACUGGACAGCAAACGAGCAGACUCGAGACCCAGCUCCUUGUGGUCAGCCUAAACAGUCAGCUGCCGCCGUACGAAGUGCUCUCGUAUGUUUGGGGACAAACCUGCGACCUUCCAGGCAAGAUUAUGGUUGAUGGUGUCCCGCUUGAGGUUACACGGAACCUAUACUGCGCUCUCCGGAGCCUUCGCCACAACGACCAACCCAGAAUGCUUUGGGUGGAUGCUAUUUGUAUCAACCAAGCAGAUAUAAGCGAACGAAGCCGCCAGAUCUGUUUAAUGAGCAGGAUAUUCUCUCAGGCCACCCACCGCCGAUGCUGCAAUGUCAACACGAUCUGCAAUGGCGUUCUACUAUCCGACAUUCUUUUUGCCGGCUUCUGGGCGUCCCUCUAUCUAAAUCACCUUAGCAGCGUGCUGCAAAGGCAAAAAGAAGGAAGCAAUCUUUUCAUACCUCUCUCACAUAUCACGGCCUUAUUCCGCGGGAGAGACUCAACGGAUCCGCGCGAUAAAAUUUAUGCCUUCCUGGGGCUUUGCCGAGGCAUCGAAACCGACUGGGUGGACUAUACUUUGAGUAUCGAAGCCACGUAUGAAGCGGCAGCUCGGCAGUGUAUACUGUCAAGCAAGCACCUCGAUGUACUGUCUUUUUGCCACUUCUACCAAAUCGCCACCCCCGAGAUAAGAUGGCCGAACCGAAACGCGCCCAGCGUCCACCUCUCCUCCAUACCGUCUUGGUUACCAAACUGGACAUUACGAUACGAGCCCCGUGCACUUGAAAAAGUAGCGUUCAGGGAGGCGGUCGCUCGCGACUUCAUGGGAAAAAACUGGAAAGCGAGCGGCACAUUCUGUGGCGCUACGAUCAGCGAUCGGGAUCCGUCCGGGUGUCUUGGAGUAUCUAGCCAUUGCUUCGACAUUAUCGCCGGAAUCGGAGAGUCUCAGUCCGAGUUACACCCACAGCUGUUUGACGCACUGCAUAGAUGGAGGCUUCUCUCAGGCGUCGACAAGGACCCAAUGUCGCCCUUUGCGGGAAACGGCACCCGGAUCGACGCAUUUCGCAGGACAGUAUGCAUGAACUUAUGGAUCACUUCAGGGCGCUUCAUCGCGGCGAACAGCUGGAGGGCAUACAGCUACGAUACGUGGUGGUUUGGAGAAGUGUGCAAAAGAAAUGGGCUUUGGAGGAGUGGAAGCAUGAGUGCAGGAACCAGUGCAUUGGUACGCACCUAUCAGGACAUGCUUCAAGCAUGCAUGUUUGGCCGAACUUUUUUCAUUUCGGAAAAAGGCUAUUUCGGGCUCGCACCAUCAACGGCCAGGGUAGGAGACCGGGUAUGCCUCCUCGCGGGCGGGCGGGUCCCGUACAUCCUCAGAGACUCGCGAGAGGUCCUUCUCCCGGACAGCGGCAAGGUUAGGGGAUUCAGCUUGGUCGGGGACUCGUACGUGCACGGAAUUAUGGGCGGGGAGGGCAUGGCCGACGUGGAGGAGGGGAGGGCGUCACUCGAGCGCUGGGCGCUCGUGUGA